AUGAGAAGUACAACGCUGGCUUUACAGCUCUUGCUCGGCCUAAGCGGCGGCGGCGGCAUCGUCCUCGCAGGAAGCGGUCCUGGAAAUACCAGUGAACACUGCUUGACGAGAGAUGAGACUGCGAGCAUCAUCGACAGAUACACCCUCUACCUCACGAAAUAUCCAGGCAAUGCGACUGUGUUGAGGGAAUUGCAUGACGAGAAUGUGGUGACGGCUUCAGAUAGCUUGAGCUAUGUCUUACAGAAACCAAUGAAUACGUCCCUGGCUCACUCCAUACAAGACUUCAUCGAGCAAGAAUCUACCGUGCCAGCUGUUCCCGCCAUGAAUACUAUCUUCAUGUCGCACACCUGCGAUACUAUCACGUGGUACUGGGAGUUCUUGACGAAGCCGUGGCCAACGAGAGGAAUUGUCAUCCUGUUUGUAAAUCUGGAUUCGAGGAAGAUUUACAAGACUUAUCGAGAGGUGAACGUGGGAGCACUAUUGUUGAACCAGGGAAAUCCCGAAUGUGAGGUUCCAGCGACCAAUUGGACCACUAGUGUUGGGACUGAGGGAUUGAAGAAGGAGGAGAGCGGAUGUCAAGCAUGCGCGAGCUGA